UUUUUUUCACAUUUCACUGCAUUUUGACUGCUAAAAAAUCAAUCGUGGUACAACAAUGAAGGAUUAGAUAAUUUUUAAAGGGUUUCUCGCUGGUUGAAACAGCAAAUGUCGUAUAUAAAGGGAUUUGGACAGCAGAUACGAUAAGUGCUAUUGCAACCAGCGUUCUUUCCUUCCACCAAAAAGAAAAUACACAAAAAUUGUUCGCUCUUCUUUUUUUACAAAAUUCCUGCGUUCCCUCAAUAUGUAGCAUAAAUUUUAUCAUUUUAAAAGCAUUUCGCAACGAUAGGAAAAGAGUGUAAAAGUUAUCAGUUCAGUGUUUAUUGUGUAAACACCAAAAAUUCCAUUGCAAUUUGUACGCACAAAAAACGACGAAGAGAAAGAAAAGAAUGCUUGAGUGCCAGAAAAGAACAAUUAUUGGCCUAAAAUGAUUUACUGUGUGAUUAUGACGUGGUGACACAUUUAGUUUAUUGUGGGAAUUUGCAUACAGUUUGUUUGUGGCGGACGUGAACCAUGGAGGCGUCCGGAGGAGAGACAGCAACUCUCCGUCAGAGUGGUGGUGGUCAACCGGUCGUGAGGUCAAGGCCAAACAGUUUACUAGGACCCGAGAGGGAGCCUGUGAAUUUCAAUGUGAGCCUCGUGGGGGCUCCACCUGAAGUGGAGCAACUUGUUGAUCAUAUAAAACAAGUUGCUGAGCAAUUUCUCUAUCAUUGGAAAACAUUUCCAAUUGUUCUACCCAAUCCGCUAUGUGGGGGCAAUAGCUCCUCGUCGGCAUCUUCGAAUGGCAAUAGGAAAUCACGUCCGAUAAACUUACGUGAUUUAUUCAUUGCACCACCUUUCGAUGAAUUGGACGCCGUGGCGGCAGAUGGGAAUGGUGAACCGCGUCGAUUGACCAACACACAGCUGAGAUCACUCCGAGAGAGAGGGGAAUUCGAGGUGGCAAGCUUGAAUUUUCCGGGACAAGUGCAUCGUUGGCGUUUGUCGCAGCUGCUGCAGAAGGGUUCUGAACGUGCACACGAUUCUCUACUGAGUGAUUUGGCAUUGGCGGCACGUUUUAUUGUGGUGACGGCUAAAUCACGUCUCACGGGGCAUUUUUUCAGCGUUGCCCAGGGUGCACGGGCAUUCUUCGAUGGCCUCAUCAAGAUAUUGGAUAUGCUUGUUGGUGUCCCAUCCCUCAUGGCACACAAUCUCGAUUACAAGAUUAAGGAGGAACGCUGCCGUUUCCUCGUGGCAGAACUUGUUUGCCGGCCAGAAUAUGAAGAUUGUAUGGAUUCCCUAACAGCGUAUGUUAGGCAUCAAUUGAGACGAGCAACAAUGGAGAAAUUUGAAGUGGAAUGUGACACAAAUGCACAACCAAUUCCAUAUCUCUUCCUCACGCCCAAGGGUCAAGAGAUUGAUUUGAGGCUGUUCUCUCGGGAUAUUAUGAGGAAAGCACUGCCAAUAUUGAUUGGUAUACUCGAGAGGGAGACAAGAGGGUGGUUUCUUCACUUUCGCGAGCGCCUCAUUGCUGAGAUGCGAGAAAAGAAGAUGCCCGAUGAGGAGAUUGAAGAGGAGGUAAAUGAGGCCGUAAUGAAGGAAUACCUGCAGCGUGUUUACAGUUCAAUUCUCUCCAAUACGGACUUGGAAGUUUUGGGUGCGGGUAUACCGCAGCUGUUGGUGCAGCAAGCUCAAUCGGUGGUGAUUAUGCAUAAGGCCGUGGAGAAGAUUCAGCGUGAAUUGAAGCAUUGUCGCGAGGAGCAGCAGAAGAAUCUCACGGAAACACAUCCAGUACUGUCUCGCGUGGCACCGUGGCUUCGAUCGCGUCUCUCGUCGGCUGAACUGUCGAAACUCACAAAGACAACGUGGUCAGCGCACGAGGAGGCACUCAAGGGGUGCUCAAAGCACAAUCUCCAGCAAACGGCGUACUUCCUUAAUCGUGACAUGGUGUUCAUGAAGGAGCGUGAGCCAGUGCUGCUGAAGGAGUUGCGCAAUGCGAAGACACCAACGAGGAAUUUUCAGUGGCCCUGUCGUAUUUGGUCACCGCAAUCGUGGAUCAUUCGACGCAAUUUUCAAGGACAAUCGGAGGUGAUACCGACGGUUAUUUGUCAGCAGGCCACAUCCAUUGUCACCCCACGCAGUGAUCCCAGUCAACCGGUGUUCCUCGUGGAGAAGGAGGUGAAUCGCACAACAAGUACCCGAUGGCCACUGUGGCGCCUUCUCAAUCUCAUUCAGCGUACUUGGUGCUGGACGUGGAAUAUGAUGUUCCUCCUGGGUAUUGUUGUACCGUGGUGUAGUCCACUGGGAUUGCGUGCGUUGUUCUGCAUGAAGCCAUUUAUGCACGAUUUGGAGUUAUCGCAAAUUAAUGGGACACUCUUCCCACGAAAGACCAGCAUUACCCAAACAAUGGCAUCUCGCCUCGUGGAACUCUGGAGACACAUAUCAAAAGCACGAACACACUUUGAAACGGAACCGGAUACCGGGUUCAUUGGCAAAGGAAUGACUCGGCACAUGAAUCGUGUGUGGAAUUAUGUUUUUAAAGGCUUCCUUGGAACACUGCUCAUCAUAUUUAUCUUCCCCCUACUCUGUAUCACUGUCAGCCUUGCGAGUAUAGUGUGUGCAAUAACGGCACCUCUGUGGGUGCCUGUGGUUACGCUCCUUCUGCACCUGUACAUGAUGCUCAUCUUCGAUUUAGACUGUCCGGAAGCAACGAGAAAUCGCUAUGGGGUCCUCUUUGAGGCUGUCGUGUGGAAUAUUCUCUGUCAGGGAUGUCUACAGCCUCUAAUGGCUGUCUUUGUGGCAACAUGCAUCUGCCCACUGACGUCUGUUGUUGUUCUCUGUGUUGGAUUAACACGCUACUGGCUGAGAUUGCUCUGGGAUUCCAUGACAUUCCAUUUGUUCAUCAAGAAGUGCGGUCGGGUGCCAGCUAGUGAUAGUCUAGCUGUUCGACGGAUUGCCGGUCCGGGCUUAGCGCUUGAUUACUACUUCAUUAUAAAGCCGGAGCAAGCUCUUGCGGCAUUUGAGGCAAAGAUGGAGAUGGAGGAAUUGAAUGCCUUUGAAUUUGCCAUUGAAGCCGUUAUAAUGCAACCUCAGAAGGAUUUCAGUCAAUUCGUAAAAGCAUGCUUUGGCCCAUUCUCCGCGGAACUCUCCAAGACGGGUCCCUAUCGGAAUUUGGAGCGAGAAAGCAAUGAUCUGAUUGCAUCGUUGAGGGAGAAAUUGGAGAAGAGAAGACGUGAUUUACAGACAGGCCUGACACCGGCUGUAAAGUCCAAGAUUAAAAUGUCCACGAUGGAUUUGAAGAUUGCCAUUCAACAGGGUGCCCAUCUGCUUGAGAGAUUCUACCCAGCACACAUUCUUCCGCAUCUAUCGCUGUCAGAAGAUGAAUUUUGGGAGACAAAGGGUAUUUCUCAUGGGGAUUGGGCUGGGUUGGCAGGUGUGCACUACAUGGAGAUCUUCAGUUUGGACUUUCUCACUCCGGUGAGUGAGACUGAAACGCAAUUCAAGUUGGAACCGCAUCAGCAGCUUGAUCUAUCGCGCUACAGUGAAAUGGUACAAAAUGCCAGUGAUAUAAUGGGUGUCAAUGGGCCAGAUCUCUUGGGGAAUGUAUAUGCACCACGUGGGAAUAUUCAAGUACAUUCACCAUAUCUCGAAGUGUCAGCCUUCAAUCCACGCUCCCGGAUCACAAUGAACUUCCGGAAGGCAGAAAAGCGACACGAUAAUAUUCCAACGGGCUUGACCACACCAAGGGUGCGUGCUCGUCGGCAGCAGCCGGUGAAUAAUUCCAAUCCACCGUGGAGACCGUGGAAACGAAAACACGGUGAACGAAAUCCAGCUGAGAAGCUUCUUAUUCCACUUCCAAUCCCACAUCCUGUUCAUAUUACCAUUGCAAUCCACAAUAGGGAUUCUGAGCAACCUAUUCCGCUUGAUUCUGAGCUCUGUUGGGAGAUUUUGCGCGCUAUUGAGGACUGCCACGGGGAUUUGCAGGCUGUGAGUGCAAUUGCUCGCUUCCGUGGUGGUGUAGCGGAUUCGAGUCUCGAUUCACUGGGAUCACAGACAUCGGAUGAUACAAAUGACUCCCGGGAGAGUAUUGCUGCGGUCACGGGUGUGGCAUUGGGUACAACGGAGACACUGCCAUGUGGGAAUCGAACAACAGCCAUCCAGACGACACAGUCAGAAACAAAUUGCUUCCACUGGACACUCAGCAAUUGGGGUGCGGCUCAAGCAGCCAAACGACGCAACACUUCCGGUACCGUACGCGUUGAUUUAGCCAGCCCUGAAGACAUUUCCCUGGACACUGAUAGUUCCAGGGCAAUGUACAGUGGUGGAGCUUAUGGGACGAAUGUCUAAAAGUUCUGGGACUAUUCCAGAAAUGUGGGGUAAAUACUACUAGAUUAUACAAUACAAACAUACCUAAUUAUAUUAUUAUAUACUUUAUAAAGUAGCGGGAUAAGUGGAUUACUUUAAAACAUUUUGAAUUUCUCUCUCAAUCUCUCUCUAUAUUUUUUUUUUAAAUGUUUUUGUGUGAUAUUGUCUUUAUAAAAGGUGAAUUAUUAUUUUCGGUUAAAGCCAUUAUUAUUUUUUUGAUUAUUAUUUUUUCCAAUCUCUACAAAGUUCAAUUAUUUUAUAAGAUUUAAGUGCAUUUAGGUGUAAUAAUGUGAACUGCGCAAUCCGCCCGAUCAAAUUUGGUUUCUUCAAAUCCAAAAGAAAAAAAAAUUCAGAGACUUUAUUUAACAAAAAAUGAAAUGAAAAAAUUCCCGCAAUAAUGAAUAAAAUAUUUUAUAGUUAAAAAUACGUUGGAAAAGGUGUUGCAAAGUCUUUCUUAGAUAAGAAGAAAAAUCUCAUUUUUUGUAAAACUCAAGAAAACAAAUCAAUUAGAACGAAAAUUUUUACACUGAUCGACAAAAUUUUCCCAACUCUCUCGAAUAAUUAAAAAACAGUGAGGAAGGUUUUGCAACAUUUUUUUUCAGGAUAAAUUAAAGAAAAUAUAGAAAUAGAAUAGAAUAAAAUAAUCUAUUACAUACUGGAUAAAAUGAAAAGCAAGCUGUAGUGUUAAAAUCUAGUCUAACUUGCAUACAAAAUGAGUAAAUAGUGGAUUAAAAAAAAAUUAUGAGAUAAAAAUUGAAUAUCAGACGAUUUACAAAGUGUUUACACAUCUUAGUGCUAAAAACUAUUUACUUACAUAAAAUAUAUUUCAUAUAAAAUACCUACAAUUAAUCUUAGAAGCAUUUUUUCGUAAGAUUAGCUGUAAAUGAAUCAACAAACAAUUUACCCAACACCAAAAAAUAAAAUAUGUAACUAAAUAAUUAACAAACAAACAAGAAAAAAUAGAGAAUAAUAAUCUACAAUGAAAAUGCAACAUUGGAAUCAUGCUCUCUGUCUCUAUUUACAUUCUAAAAAAAAAACAAACAAAUUAUAUUACAUUAAAAAAUAUAUUAUAUUGAAAUCUUUUGAGAGUUGGUUGCAGGCAGAAAAAAAUGUAGAAUUUAGAAAUUUCCUAGUUGAAGAUGUUGAAUUUAAUCUCUAUUGUAGAGUUUGAUGCACUGAUUUACGGCAAGAAAAAUGCAUUGAUUAAAAUUUUACCUGAUAGUGAAUUGAGGAUAUUUUACAAAUUAAAAGUAUUUAGUUGCGAAUUUUGCACAAUUUUCUCCUCAAAGCUAAAAAAAGAUAAAUUAUAACAUUCUCAUUGCGACAUUACCGUAUUUUCUUUCCAUAUUUUCUUUCCAGAGUGCGAAAAAAAAGUAAAACAAAAGUGUUUAAAUGCUAGUCAAUGAAAUAGUAACAAAAAAAAAUGAAGGAAAAAUCGUUUAAUUAGGAAUCUAUAAAAUAUUUCCGUUUUUUGUAGCAUUUGUGGUGAAAAAAAAAACAUUGUGUUCUUUAUAAAAUAAAGCUUUUACUCGAAAUGUA